AUGAGAUUCCUUCUCACUAUAUCCUGUAUAUUAACGUCAGUUCUCUCAGCAAUUGUUGGGAUUGACUACGGUCAACAAUUUACCAAAGCUGUGCUAUUAGCCCCAGGUAUUCCAUUCGAAUUAAUCUUGACAGACGAAGGGAAAAGAAAAGACUUGUCCGGAAUUUGCAUUAGAAAGGAGCCGAAUGGAGGAUUGGAAAGAAGUUACGGCUCUCAAAUGGGCUCGUUGGCGACAAGGUUCCCUCAGAGUACCGUUUUGGAUUUGAAGCAAUUAAUUGGUAAAUCAUUUGACGAUCCUGCUACUGAAAAAUAUUUAAGGACGCAUUUUGGUAUCCAAUUGGUCAAGGACGAAUCAAGGAAUAAUGCUAUCAAGUUUGAUCUUGGUUUGGGAAAUUCAACCUACCAAUUCUCGGUGGAAGAGUUGUUGGCCAUGUCUUUGAACGAGAUCAAGGCAAGGGCCUUGGCUGACCUUGAGGGAAAUCCAAAUGCAGCAGCUUUGGUCGAAGAUGUUGCAAUCAGCAUACCUCCAUUCUCAUCUCAAGCAGCUCGUCAAGCGUAUUUGGACUCGUUGUUUUUGGCAAACUUCUCCAACGUUUUAGGUUUGGUUGAUGAGGGAACAUCUGUCGCACUUAAUUUUGCCGGAAAUAAGAAAUACGAGUCAUCUGAUUACAACGAUGAGACAGAGUAUCAUUUGGUAUACGAUGCUGGUGCGGGCUACACCACUGCCACCUUGUUCUCGCUUACUCCACAAUCCGAUGGAAAAGUCGUUUUGAAGAUGGAAAGUGUUGGGGAUGAUUUACUUUUUGGCGGCAAAACAUUGACUGAAUCAGUAUAUUCAAUUGUGUUGGAGAAGUUACUUACUCAUUUUGGCUUGGAAUCGUCUGCUUUAAGUGACAAAAUACACGCAAGAUUAUACGAGGUUGCCGAAAAAGCAAAGAUUAUUUUGUCUGCCAAUACUGAGUACCAUACCACCUUGGAGUCUAUAUACGGUGACAGAGAUUUCAAAGUACUGGUUACAAGGGAUGAGUUUGAGGAGAUCAACUCUGACUUGAUGGAUAGAGUGACCAAGCCGAUAGAAACUGCGUUGAAGAAGUCUCAAUUGGACGCAAAGGAUUUGAAGUCGGUGAUUUUGAAUGGAGGUUCCACCAGAGUGCCUUUUGUACAAAAGCACGUGUCGUUGUAUGUUGGCGAAGACAAGAUUUCGAAGUCGGUAAACACCGAUGAAAGUUCUGCAUUGGGAACCACACAGAUGGGGUUGAAGCUAAAAACCAAAACACAAAGUCCAAAGGACAUCAAGCUUAUUGAUAGAAGCUAUCAUAACUUUGAAGUGAGCACAAACGCAAAUGAAGAGCAAAUUGUGGUAUUUGGUAAAGGAACCGAGGUUGGAAAUACAACAAAGGUAAACCUUGGAGAGAUGAGCGACCUGCUCUCAGUUUCGUUAUAUGAAGAUGGUUCAUUAAUAAAGUCUUACAACUUUGGUGACAUGUCAAGUACCACAAAAAAAUUAGGAUGCAAAUCUGGAGAAACUAAAGAAGUUAUUGCCACUUUUGAGCUCAACAAGAGCAAAAUUUUUGACCUCGUCAAAACUAAUAUUCAAUGCCUGGCCAAGAAAUCCGGGUCACUUUUCCAAAACUUACUUAAAAAGAAUGGGGAUCAAGAAGUUCUCGAGGAUGACACUGAAGGUGAUGAGGUGGAAUCAGGAGGAGACUUGAACACAACUUCCAGUGAUGUAAACUCUACCACAAGUGAUUCUAAACUCAAGUCAUCUAAAUCUUUGAAAUCUUCUUUCGUCCCAAUUCCUUCUGCCACAUACCCACACAUUCAACCGAUUGACAGAAAGGAAAAGAGAAAAUUGCUUCAAAAAUUAGCUUACUUGAAUGGCUUGGAUGCAGCCAAAGUCGAAUUAACGGCGGAGAGGAACAAGUUGGAGAGCCAUUUGUAUAAAUUGAGAGACUUGAUAGAAUCCGACAAAGACAAAUUGGCACAGGAGUUGAGCACUGAAGAGAUUUCCAAAUUUACAGAUUUUGUUAGUGAGCAAAUCGAGUGGUUGGAUUUCGAAAGUGAUGAUGCCCUGAUUGAUGAUUUGAAAGAGAAGAUCAAGGGUGUGGGUAAGCGUGAAAAGGAAGUCAAAAACUACCUUGAAAUGUCGAGUGCCGAUUUGUCGAAGGAAGGCAUGAAAAAGUUGUACGACGAAGGAACAAACUUGAUCAUGACCAUUCAAUCCAGCAUGUUGAAAUUCGGUGAGCAAAUAUCUGAGGUGCGUAAAAAAUACGAAGAAGCUGGUUUGAACUUUGAUAAAGAAAACGAUAGAAUUAAGUUGAAAUUCAAGGGCAAAGAUGACAAGAUGUUGACGUUUGACAAAAAUUUACAGGCAUAUAAGGAUGUGAUUAGCAAAAUUGGAGACUUGCUCAAGUUCUCCGACUCCAAGUUUAACAAGAUUAGCAAAAAGGAGUUGUACAGUUUCCAUGACUCUUUAGCUCAAGGAGUUGCACAAAUGCUCAUUGAUCUCAUAGAAUUGGAAACAACACAUUUGGAUCGAAUUAAAUUAUUCGAUGAACAGUUUGAUAAAUUAAUCGAAAGACAACAACAGAAGGAGUAUAGAAAGAAAUUGAGGGAAGCCGCUAAAGAAGCUGAAAAGAGGGCUUCAAGUGAAAAUAAGGAAAAUAGCACAAUUGAAGUUGAAGCAAGUUCCAGCAUUGAGGGAGCAUCUGAUGCUUCGGAAACCAAGCACGAAGACGAGUCUGACGCUCUAAACAGCGAGUCUACCGGCAAUGCUGAUGAAGACGAUGAUCCCAUUGAGCACGAUGAAUUGUAG